AUGAUAGUCGACAUUACGAGUAGGCCAGAUAAUCAGUCGAAGCCAAGGGGAUCGGACUAUCAACAUAUCCGGAACUUGGACGCAUUGAUCGACCAAUUGAGUAAUUGUAUAACCUUGUCGGAGGAUGAUAUAGAGCGAUUAUGCGAUCAGGCAAGGGAGGUGGUGCAAGACGAAUCAAACGUACAGCCAGUUUCCAGCCCCGUUACAGUCUGUGGCGAUAUUCACGGCCAGUAUCAUGACCUGAUCGAGCUAUUCCGAAUAAGUGGACCAUGUCCAGACACCAAUUACCUCUUCAUGGGUGACUACGUUGACCGCGGCUACCACUCUGUCGAAUCGGUAUCCCUCCUCGUAGCCCUCAAAGUCCGCUACCCGAAGCGCAUAACGAUUCUUCGUGGGAAUCACGAGUCCCGGCAAAUCACCCAAGUAUAUGGCUUCUACGACGAAUGUCUGCGGAAGUACGGCAACGCCAGGGUAUGGACAUUGUUUACAGACCUAUUCGACUACCUCCCUCUUACCGCUCUUAUCGACAACCGCAUCUUCUGUCUCCACGGAGGGCUAAGUCCCUCCAUUGAUACUCUGGAUCAUGUUCGAAAGGUAGACCGAGUACAUGAACCUCCUCAUGAAGGCCCGAUGUGUGAUCUCCUCUGGAGCGACCCGGAUGACAGAUACGGUUGGGGCAUUUCGCCUCGUGGCGCCGGGUACACCUUUGGAAAGGAUAUCUCUGACGCGUUCAAUCAUAAUAACGGUCUCAGUCUUAUCGCGCGAGCACAUCAGAUGGUAAUGGAUGGGUAUCUUUGGUCACACGAUAGAAACGUAGUUACGGUUUUCUCUGCUCCGAAUUACUGCUACCGUUGUGGCAAUCUAGCGGCCAUAUUGGAAGUGGAUGAAAAACUCAACUAUCAAUUUAUACAGUUUGACCCUUCGCCACGGACUGGAGAGCCUACAAUGCAUAGGAGGACGCCGGAUUACUUUCUAUAG